CUGCACUGGGUGGGCCGAGUAGGUGGAUGUGGGAGGUUGUGGGCAGCUAGCAGUAGUGAGUGGUAGGUUGGUUAGUGAAAAGAUACAGUCCGUGGAAAACCAUUUUCCAGAUUUGUGGCAGUUGGCGUGGAGAUUUCAUGACGUUCGCAGCACAAACGGUUCGGUCAGUAGUGCUUGGGAAAUUCGUGUGCUACCUAUCCACACACCGUGCGCCUAUCCCCUAAUGGUGUUUUUCUUCCCUUUGCUCGCUCGGUACGGCUUGACGUUCGUUUGAAUUUUCCUUUCCCACACACACGCCCAAUGGAAACCAACAGGAUAAUGGUGAUGAUUGUGAUAUUUUCGGUUCUUAGUGCUGUGAUGUUAUAAAUUGAUUUUCCUGGUAGAAGAAAAUACUGUGUCACAUAAUUACGUUGUGCCGAGGAUAAAGGUUGAAGUUUUACCGUGUAGGAUGCCACUCUAGGUAGGCAAGUGAAAAUUGAAGAAAAUGGAACAAGUGCGCGUACACUCCAAAGGCAAACAUCGCAGCUCUCGGUCCGGGUCUAGUUCACGGCGAGUUUCGUCCAGCAGUGGCCACCAGCGAUUAGAAACAGAGCCAGCUACCAGCAAUCCACGGGAAGAUGAAGAACUUGCUAAAAAUAGAGCACCAUUCGCUGUGGGAGGUCCACCUUCUUCGCGACCAGAGGAAAAUGCAGAUAGCGCCAGUACGACGACAAAUGCCAGCAGCACGAAGGCGCAUAGCAAUAUCAACAACAACAACAACAAUAAUGUUGAUGAUGCAAUUGAUACCAACAAAAAUCCCCCAGAUCAGCAGCGCGUGGAGACACAGAUUUCCAUUGAGACCGUUCCGGGAACGGACGACAAGCUGCAAAAGGGCAUCCUCGGGUACAUGGAUCGUCAAUUGAAGGUGCAAUCCCUGUCGGAUCCGCAGAAAAGUCCCGCUCAGCGGAGCACCCGAAGCCGCAGCAGCCUGGACAAAAGCCCACGCAGAAAACGCAGCAAAUCGGAGUCCCGUAGGCGGCGGGAGCGGAAAAUUAUCGCCGCGGGUGAAAUGGAGGUGCGCCAGGCGAAUGAAACGCUGAUGCGAUACCUGAAGCAGUGUUCCGACUUUAACGACGCGUCCCUGUCCGGCGAUUUGGAGAUUCCGGAAAACCUCGAAGACAGGCGGGUACACCGGAAGACCAAGUCGCAACGGGAGCGGAAGCACCAACAGCAGAACGUGCCGAAGCCCACUGGUGAAGACACGCCCAACUACCAUGGAGAAAUCUACAACCCCUUUACGCCGGUUGUGUCGCCAACGGCGGAAGCGGCCCCGACCAGAAUCGAUAAGAUGUACAUACAGACGGCUAGCGGAUAUCGACCAGUAGACAAUACGUACAACCACCACCAUCAGCUGCACUUGCAUCAUUCGCAGUACCACCAUCAUCACCUUAGGCCGAGAGGUGGCGGUGGACCAGGUGACCCCGAAAGCAAUAAUUACACAAUAAGAACCGCCGUUCAUCUAUCCUGUGCGGUGCAGAGACUAUGGCUUCACAUCGCCAACGUGUGUCACGGUUUGCUGGGAGGGCUGGCCCUGGCCCAUCUGCUGCUGAUCUGCACGACCAGACCGUACGAUUGGGUCGAAGCAUCCAUACGACAUUACUCGGCCUUUGCGGAAGUCUACGCCAAUGCGUUCUACUGCUUGGCCAUCAUCUGUAUGGUUUCGAUAUUCGAUCGGAUGGAUAUUGCACACUUCAGCCUAUCGAGUGCGACCGAUAGUAACAUUUCGUUCCGAUCGGUGGUAAUAAUUAUGAUCUACGCAGCAACGAUUGUCCUGAGUCUGUCGGCUGGAUCGAUGGACGAACGCCUUUACCUGUCUGCCUCUAACGUGACCGUGUGGGAGGAGGAACUGGAAACGAACAAAGUACUCAGCAUAUGGAACACGCUGUCAAUAGCCCGCAGUGUUGGUGCUAUUUUCGGAUGGAUUGUGAUUGGCAUGUCACCGGACCAGGAUCAACUGUACGAGCACCUGCUGGAAAUGGAAAAAUAUCAACUGCAAUGAGUUGGAACGCCGGAGACAAGCAAAAUGAAAUCGAUGAUAAUAAGCCUCUCUCUAUAUUGCACCCUUAAGUUAUAUUCGUAACAAACAAGUAAUUGUAAAAAGGACACUGUACAUAGUAGGGUUAAGGAUCCUAGUUAAUGAAACAGAUACAAACCAAAAACAGAAACUAGAGAACAUUCAAUAGCAGUAACCUAACAGGGAGCUUCAAGUUCCGCCAUCAUUGUAACAAUAAACCAGCAACAUAAAAGGAGAACUAAAGGACUACAAUAGGAUAUGCGUUGACGAAGGCAAACUGAUCGAACUAACGCUAAUUGUUGUGUAACAAAUUUAUCCAAACCGUGCAAACCACGUCAACCAAACAUGACCGAAUACCGGCAAAAAUGUAUCCAAUAUUGAAAGUUAUAAUGUUAUCCCCAUCUCUCCCUCAUCAAGACAAGGUUCAAACCGGAAGCACUCCGUUCUUAAUGCAAAACAUUAAACCAUCCAUGAUGCUUAACCAUGAAUUCAAAUACCGUCAGUAUAUCUUUCCUAGCUCUUCAAACAUAAAACAAUCACUAGAGGAAUCCCAUUCUAUUCUGUUAUCCAUUUAGGGUAUAAGCAGCAAUUCAAACAAAAAAAAGUGACAAGGUAGCUAUGAAACGAUGAGUAGAGAAAUCAGCCAUUUUGUUUGCAACGCAGUGGCAACGGACUGAGUUAGGGCAAAGUUACAAUUAUAGAAAGUAACCGUAAACACAUGUAAAACUAUACAAAUGUAAAUGUGAAUGUUGAACAAUGAAGAUAAUCAUAUGAUAGCGGACGGGAUGUGUGCAUCAAACAAAAAGACGAACAUGAAGGAAACAUGGAUGAUAGAAUCUUCCGACUCCGAGAACAUAGUGAAACCAGAGUGAACGCAAACAUUCCUACACAUGUGUGUAUACAAACAAUCUGAACUAGCUUAAUGUACAACACAAACACUCAUAUACACUCACACAUCAAUCAAUAGAGCGAGCAAAGCUGUUAGCCAAUAUCACUGGAGAAUAUGGAUAAGAGAGAAACCCGGAGAAAAGAUAUCCAAAAUCGAGACGUCCAGUACGUAGUACUGGAACGCGCGCAGGAAGUUAAUAUUUCUACAGACCUAUAUAUUCUACCUAGGAACUAGAACCACAUACCAAAUCAAGAAGUAGUGAAAGUGCAUAUUACUAGACUUUAUUCUUUCUUUUUUGUUGAAAAUAAUUGCGUUAAGAAAUACACACAUCACAAUAAAUGGGAUACAAGCAUUGAAAUUGAA